AUGACAAGUCCGGACGCCUUGUCUCUGGCUGGAGACAUUCGACAUGCCCUGACAUCGCUGUCUCUCAAAGACCCUAUUCAUGACUGUGGUAAUGCGCCACUCCGUAUCAUCCAACAACGCCCUGAAGACGUGUUAGCUCUGGCUCACCAGAAAUUGCACACUUGGAAAUUUGAUAGUGUCCCACUCUGUUGGCGUCGCUUGUAUGAGGAAGCCAGUCUAUAUCAGGCAAUCGUUAUCCUCAAUGACCAUGGCGUUCGUGGUCAGAAGCGCAAGCGCCAUGCUUCGCCGUCGCCUGAGCAAGACUACAUCACCCGUCUAGUCCAUUUGCUCGAUAUGGCAAUCAUUCUGACUGGUGCUCCUCGCCAUCGCCAACUGAUAUUAAGUAUCUUUGACUCGUUGCAACAGUUUCUUGACCCCGACGAACACAAAGACAUUGCUAAGACAUUCCCCGUUGUACAAAUACCCCAAUCACAGAAUGACACUUUCACUCGUGUCGAAAGGCUAGACUUCUUGCAGUUCCAACAACAUCUUGACAUCAAGACGACACCGAUCAUCAUCAAAGGCGUGAUUGAAGAUUGGCCUGCAAUAGCUGCCCCAGAUCGAUGUUGGAACGAUCCGUCCUAUCUACUCAAGGCUACACUCGGUGGUCGACGAUUAGUGCCAGUGGAAUUGGGCAGGAGUUACACAGACGAUGAUUGGUCUCAGCGCAUCAUGACGUUUGCCGAAUAUAUGAAGAGUUAUCUUUUACAACCCAGGCAAGAACAAACCGGUUAUCUCGCUCAGCACGACCUUUUCUCUCAAGUGCCAUGCCUGAGCGCAGAUACAAAUACCCUGGACUAUUGUUAUACAAACCCACCUCCGGCUAGAUCCCUCUCUUCAACCGUCGAAACCGAGACACUGGACGAGCCUCUUCGCAAUGCCUGGCUGGGGCCAGCAGGUACUAUCAGUCCAUUGCACACAGACUCCUACCACAAUAUAUUAUGUCAAGUCGUGGGCUACAAGUACGUCCGCCUGUAUGCGCCCACAGAGACAGCAAAACUGUACCCUCGUGGCAUUGAUGAGACUGGCGUCAACAUGGAGAACACGUCACAUGUCGAUAUCUCCUUUGCGAAGAGACUGUGCACACCGGGGGAGCAAGAUGAAGUAGACAGAACGGAGAAGCAGAAAUUCGAGGCACGGUUUCCCUUGUUCAAGAAUGCAGAGUGCAUCGAGGGUGUGCUAGGCCCAGGAGAGUGUUUAUACAUUCCUGUAGGAUGGUGGCACUACGUGGAAAGCCUCAGCACGAGCUUCAGCAUGAGUUUCUGGUGGAAUUGA